UUUAACUUACUUUCCCUUUUACCCUCUCUAAAAAGCAACUACCAGCCCAACACUUUCCUCACUUUCUCACUCAUUAUUAUUCUGGCUCUCCCAACCAUGGAAGCUUUCAGCUUACUCAAGUACUGGAGAGGUGGUGGCGGUGGUGGUACUGGUGGUGCUGCUGCUACUGCUCUUGUUAGUGGCGGUGUUGCCGGUUCUGGUGAUAGUGGUUGUGGUGGUGCUAAUUUACGAACCACCGCCACUAUAGUCACCGCCGUUACUCAUCAGGCUACAGAGACUGACGAUGAUGACGACGAUGAUGGUCCCUUUUUUGACUUGGAGUUUGCGGUUCAAGACGAGGCUGAAGAAGAGGAAGAGGAAGAGGAGGAGGAGGAGGAGGGUAAUGAUGCCAAAAAUGAUGAAGAGAACGAAAACGACGACGUUGACUCUGAAGACGAUGAUGGUAACGAAGUGGAAGUGGAAGAGGAGAGUGAGUUUAAAUUCACGAUUUCUUCAAACUCAAGCGGCAGCAACAACGACAACGAGCGUACGGAUCCUAACCUCACUCUCUCUCCAUCUGAUGAUUUGUUCUUUAAAGGCAGACUCGUGCCCAUUGAGCCUUCUUCACUUGUGUUCAAUUCAAACGAGCCUAAUUCCAAGCCCCAAUUCCCAGUCUCUCUGUUGAAAUCCGCCACUAAAUUUCGAGUCUUUAUGUUAGGCUUCAAGAAAUCGAAACAGCAAAACAACGUUUCUGAAAAAACAGAAGCAAAUAAUGGAUCUGUUGCCACUGCCGCUGCUGAUUCUACUAGUACUACUACCACUCCCAAGCAGCAACAGAAGCCAGAAACAGAAAAAGAAAAACAAAGCAAGUUUUUCACUGUGAAAUUCAAAGUGGAGGAAGUUCCUAUUGUGUCCAUGUUCACCAGAGACAACAGUAGUUCAAGAAAGUCACUGAAAACACAGAGUGUUGAAGAUUCAACGACUUCUGACGAGAAGAAAUUUUCCAAAGAUGUCAUGCAGAAAUACUUGAAAAAGGUUAAGCCUCUUUACAUUCGCGUCUCCAAACGUUACGGGGACAAAUUGAAAUUCUCAGGUCAGUUAAACUUAGGGGGCUCCGUGGCCAACAAAUCCGUUCAGUCACCACCGUCAACGGCCGGUCAAAAGUCAAAUCCUCCUAAAGUAACUGCUGAGAAGAGAGAGACUGAGACAGAGGCUAGUGAAAGUCAGGUCAAAAGUCAAAAGCAAGCAAAUAUUCCGGAAAGGCUGAGAGUUGUGUGUAAGCAUUUGGGGAAAAGCCGAUCGGCUUCGUCUGCAGUAGCCGCGGCGCCAGCCGCGCCUGUUGUUUCCAGGAGAGAUGAUUCGCUGCUGCAGCAACAGGAUGGAAUUCAAAGCGCCAUCUUACAUUGCAAAAGAUCCUUCAAUGCCUCUAGAGAUUCGGAGUCUUCUUUGUUACCAAGAUCUGUAAGUGACCCGUCUCAUCAGAAAUCAGCCAUUGAAGGGAAAGAAGAGAGCUUUGAGGGCUAAACCAAAAAAGCGGGAAAUCUGGUUCCAAACUGAUAUUAAUAUCUCCCAUUGAUAUCAUUAUCAGUAGUGCAGUGUAUCUUGUUCUCUGUAAAUUAAUCUAGUUAUAAAUUUUAUUUUAUUUUAUUUUUGUUCAAGGACAAGUUCUAGGUAGGGUAAUUAUAAUAGUAGUUUGGAACUUUGGAUGUUUAGUGAUGAUGACUGGUAAGUACUGAGUAGAUGAAAACUCGGCUAAAAUUUCUCUCACAAGUCACUACUGCCAGUACUAAUAGUAUUGUAAAGCUCAUGUAUCUUUCUCUCUCUGAAAGUGAAACAAGAAUCAGAUCUUUGUAUUUAUCUAAGCACCUGCGUUCCCAUAUCAGUACAGUGAUUUGAUUCAUGUUUGUUCAAAUAAUGUGGGUUUAAGAGGGUUGAUUGGAUCCUUGUUUAUGGGUAGUCGAGCUGGUUUAGGAUUAAUCAGUGUCUUUAAUGGUCAGCGAAGUUGGGAAAGCGGAGACC